GGUUCUCCAACAACUCAGUCUCAGUCUCAGUCUCAGUCUCGUUUCUACACUCCCCAUGACUGACGGCAAUCCUUCACUCGCUCAAGAUACCCUUAGCAACACCCAAAGCAGCUGUAGUAGUUCCAGGAACAACAACAGCAAUCAAAACAGCCCGAGACCUGUUGUUCGAAAACGACAACGAUUCACAACUACAAGAGUUCUAAGUGCCAUGGACGGCUUUCCUGGUUCAACACUGGGGUCGAGUUUUUCCUCUGGUUCAGCCUCAACAGAAAGACGGUCUGGCAUAUCUCCAGUCCUUUCAGCCGACCGAACUACAGGUCUUUCGAGCGAAUAUCACUGCCCUAUCUGUCGAGGAUUGAUGAAGGAAGCAUUCAUCUCCCGCUGUGGACACUCGUUCUGCUAUCUUUGUAUAUCACGACAUCUGUGCGAGAGGCAAGACUGCCCAAUAUGCCGAACGUCCUUGGCACGCGACCAGAUUUUUCCGAACUUCCUAUUAAACAGCAUAUUGGAACAGUCCACAGACAUUGUUGACACGGAUGAUCUGGAACCGCGAAUAAAGCUAAGACAUGAUCUUCUCAACCAGAGCAACUUUUCGCGGGAAGAAAUCGACGACCUCUUGUCAACCUUGAAGGCAAAAAAACGGAAACUUGAGGCGACAGAUCAACAAGUGGAGUUGGAAGUUCUGCUUGAUUUUCUCAGGAACACUCGAGCUGAGAAAGAAGAAUCGCUGGCAAGACUCAAUGCACAGAUUCAAUGUCUCGACAACGACAUGCGGAAGGCCGAGGAGAAACUGGAGGCAUUGAAGCAGUACAAUGGAUAUCAAAUCACGCAGACUCUCGAAGAGGACGACGAUCAGCUUGAGUGUGCAGGAAACUCUGGAGGCGUACAAGUCCCAAAUGAGGUUUCAGAAGAGGAGGACGAGGCUGUGCCUCCACAGACUGGAUCCAAGAGACCACACUCUGAACUGGAGCACGAUGAAAAGAACGAUGGAGGUAGCUCAGGAAAAAUCAGCUCCGAAGCUACUCUUCAAACUGUCAGGAUCGCUAAGCAGGUCAAUCUCAACAAAAAACGCGUCGCCGAGCACUUUGAGGACUUGCAGCGGUGCUACUUUGAUUUUUCUCUUAGCUCAACAGCCAGGAGAGAAUCCGCAUUAUCGAGCUUUUGCUCCACGAUUUCGAAAUUUACAAAGUUUUCACACUUUGAGCACAUCAAUACCCUGCGCUACGGCGACAUCUUCAACACGUCGUCGAUCGUAUCCUCAAUCGAGUUCGACAGAGAUGACGAGUUUUUUGCAACAGCAGGAGUUACCAAAAAAAUCAAAAUCUUUGAAUACGGCUGCAUCGAAAAGACAGGACUCGCAGGCACAAGUCUUCGGGAGGACGACCGGUCGGACAUGUACGACGGCAGUGAUCUUACCCGACCAUCACGGUACUCUGCCAACAAGAAACCCAUUACAUCUGUUCUCCACUACCCAGUGCGCGAGAUGAUGUGUCGGAGCAAAAUCAGCUGCCUUUCUUGGAAUUCGUACAUUAAAUCGCAAAUUGCCAGUUCCGAUUACGAGGGAAUUGUCUCCCUGUGGGACGCGCAGACAGGAAUCAACACACUCAAUUACGAUGAGCAUGAAAAGCGUGCAUGGAGCGUCGACUUUUCGCGCACGGACCCAACACGCUUGGCCAGUGGAAGUGACGAUACAAAGGUCAAGAUUUGGUCAACAACACAGAAAGCGUCCGUGUGCACGAUCGAGAGCAAGGCCAAUAUUUGUUGUGUCAAGUUCAACCCUGAGAGCAGCCAUCACAUUGCAUUCGGUAGUGCAGAUCACCACAUUCACUACUACGACUUGCGCAAGGCGAAUGAGCCGCUGUUUAUCUUCAAGGGACACCGCAAGGCUGUAUCGUACGUCAAAUUUUUGGGGCGCGAGGAGCUGGUGUCUGCUUCGACGGAUAGCACUCUCAAGCUCUGGAACACACUUCGAAUGAACUGCGCGAGGACAUACACUGGUCAUGUCAAUGAGAAGAACUUUGUGGGACUGAGUGCAUCUGGGGACUGGAUCUCAUGUGGCAGCGAGAACAAUGCGGUGUACACCUACUACAAAGAGCUCCGGGACCCGGUUGUAACGGUCAAGUUUGGCAACUCGAAUCCUGUCACUGGCGAGGACACUGUAGAUGAGGACCCAUCUCAGUUUGUGAGCUCGGUCUGCUGGAAGAAGAACACGUCGAACAACAUUUUGCUGGCAGCCAACAGCUCUGGGGUGAUCAAGGUCCUUGAGCUUGUGUAACAGCAGGUUUUUCAUUUGCUCAAUUUGUCCUUCGGUUCUCUAUUUACGAACGUGAGUGGGGGGUCAGCAAAGCAAUCAAGCAAAAGACGCACGAAACCAAAAAAAUAAUAAUAAAGCUCAUUGUGAUCACCAUUCCCCCAGAAAUCUUUUCCCGAAUGAGGGGCCGGACUUCGUGUUGAGACAGUGACACAGCGCCAAACCUUAAAUGGGUUUACCCUCCCCUCCACAUUGCUCUGUUUCAGAAUAAUCAAUCAAGCACCAACAACAGCGGCUAUUUGCUUUUAGCUGUCAACAUACAGAAUAAAUAUUACUUAUUUGCAAGGAGGAUCUAUACAAGUGUCGUUGUUGUU